AUGGCCCUCGUCCGCCACCGCCGCCACCCUAAUCUCCGCCUCCCUCUCCCGGAGCCCUCCGAGCGCCGCCCCCGCUUUCCGCUCCCCGUCUCUCGAAGCUCUCCCACCACAGUCAAACCGACCGCCGGAGACGUCAUCACCGCCGCUGACCUCGAGAACCUCGCCGUACUCGGUCACGGUAACAGCGGUACAGUCUACAAAGUCCGUCACAAGACCACCUUGGACACGUACGCACUCAAAAUCAUCCACAGUAACGCAGACGCCACCACGCGCCGCCGUGCGUUCUCGGAAACUUCCAUCCUCCGUCGCGCCACAGAUUGCCCCCACGUUGUUGCCUUCCACGGCUCUUUCGAAAAACCGUCGGGUGACGUGGCAAUUGUCAUGGAGUACGUGGACGGCGGAACUCUUGAGACCGCUCUCGCCGGUGGCACAUUUUCUGAAGAACGACUCAGAGUGGUGGCGCGUGGCAUUCUCCAGGGUCUAGCUGGUCUUCAUGAACGCUUCAUCGCACACCGCGACAUCAAACCUGCGAAUAUCCUCUUAGAUUCCAAGGGAGAGGUUAAGAUUUCAGAUUUUGGUGUGAGUAAAAUCAUGUGCCGCACGCUCGAAGCAUGCAAGUCCUACGUUGGCACGUGCGCGUACAUGAGUCCCGAACGAUUCGACCCGGAGGCCCAUGGAGGGAACUAUAACGGAUUUGCUGCAGAUAUUUGGAGUUUAGGAUUGACCCUUUUCGAACUCUACGUGGGUCACUUCCCAUUUCUUGAAGCGGGUCAGCGACCUGAUUGGGCUACCCUUAUAUGUGCCAUUUGCUAUAGUGACCCGCCGAGUCUACCCGAGACAGCAUCACCGGAAUUUCGCAGCUUCAUCGAAUCCUGUCUCAAGAAGGAGUCCAACGAUAGAUUGACGGCGGCACAACUCUUGACCCACCCGUUUGUGUGUAGAGAUUCGGGAACUCGAUAA